AUGGUGGCUACCGAGACACCUACGCGGCGUGGGGAGGAGAACGCAAACCGCGGUGGUGGCGGAUGGUCUUUCGCGUCCAACGCGGUGUUCUACAUCAUGAUUUCACUGCUUAUUUCUAACUUUAUGUUCUCUAAGCCGCCAGUCGAUUCGACAUCGCGCACGACGGAGGACAUGCGAGGUGCAUCUCCUGUAUCGUCCCUCGCAGGACCGUUGCGACCGUUGGCGCGAGACCGGGAACCAUUCAGCAUUGUUGUCGAAACGGAGCCACCGCUGUUUGAACCGAUUGAAUACGGCAACCUUCUUUUCAACCACGAAGCUCUAGCUGCUGCCCAGCUCAACACGACUGUUCCGGUGGACCUCAGCGCUUGCUUUGCCGUUAACUGCUCGGUAACGCUGAAGGUUACAUGGAUACUUCGCCACGUAGCCUUUUCUGCCACAUCACCGCUCAUCCGCUUUUUUCACGACAAGACAGUGCACAAAAAGUAUCUCUUUGGAGACAAGAGCCACAAUGAGCCGAGUAGGAGUGGCGAAGGGGAAAGCGACGCCGUCGUCAAGGGCUACUUCCAACCAGACGUUACCUUGAGCCCUGUUGUGUUCUUCGAUAGCCCUCUGCCCGACGCAUACCUCGACUUCACGCCGGUCGUGGACUCGAUGAAGGGCAGGUAUGGUCCUGCGCUGUACAUUAACAAUUUCUGGGUUCUGCGUGAGCAUUAUGCGGAGCUGAACGCAAGCAGUGCUGCGCAGUCAUUCAACUUCACCGUGCAGGUGGUGCCGCUUCCGCUGUGGAAGGUGCUGCUGUACACGCAGUUCGAAAAAUCAAUGGCGUCGCAGGUGAGUAUUGGCUUCUCGAGGCACUCAGAGGCCGAGGAGACGAAACGGAUGCUGUGGGAGGUGAGCACGAAGAACCCCUACCUUCUUGCCGUGACUGCCAUCGUCACGCUUCUGCACACCGUCUUUGAGUUCUUGGCCUUCUCGAAUGAUGUGAAGUUUUGGAGGGGCAAGAAAGACUUUCGCGGGCUUUCUGUGCGGAGUAUCGUGAUCAGCUGCUAUUUCCAAACAAUCAUAUUUCUCUACCUCCUCGACAGUAACGAAACAUCGUGGGCCGUACUCGUGCCUUCGGGUUUGGGGGCACUUAUGGAGUACUGGAAGCUGGCCAAGACGAUGAAGGUCACCAAAGUGGAGGCGCAGGGCGACGCUUCUCAGGAGCAGACGUCGAGCACGGCACACCGAAAGCCGAAAGGUUUGACCAUAGCGGGGUACGUUGUCGGCUUCAACGACUCGUACGACUCCAAGACACAGAAGCACGACGAUGUCGCGGUGCGGUACUUGAUUUACGCCAUGAUACCACUCCUGGCCGGCAAUGCUGUGUACUCCGCCCUCUACAAGACGCAUCGCAACUGGUACUCCUUCAUCGUCUCCACUCAAGUCCACUUCAUCUACAGCUUCGGAUUUGCCCAGAUGACGCCCCAGAUUUUUAUCAACUACAAGAUGAAGAGUGUUGGUCAGCUGCCCUGGCGCACGUUCAUCUACAAGUCCCUCAACACCGUUAUUGACGACUUGUUCGCCUUUGUCAUCAAAAUGCCGUGGCUGCAUCGCCUUGCGUGUUUUCAGGACGAUGUCGUCUUUGCCAUCUUGCUCUAUCAGCGCUGGAUCUACCCCGUUGAUAUGACUCGUUUCGACGGCGAAAGCGGGGGGGACAACGAUGGGGGGAGGGGGGAGGAGGGAGAGAAGACGGAGAAGGUCGAGGCUGCGGAGCGUAAAGCGAUAACUGCAGAGAAGACCAAGAAGGAUCAGUAG